AGAAGAUUACUGGCUUUAUAAAUUAAAAGACGCUUUGAAUUUUCUAAUUCAGUCAAAUUUUAAUUGCAUGUCUGUGAAGUAGCCAAAAAGGAGAUGUCUUUGGUGAAUAAAAGUGCUUUAGUUACUGGAGCAGUAGGAGGAAUUGGAUCAGCAAUUUGUGUCGAACUCCUGAAGAAUGGGAUUAAAUAUCUUUCUGCUCUUGAUCUAAGUUCAGAGGAACCCAAGAUUAUCAGUGAGUGGAGGAAGAAGUAUCCAAGAGUCUCCAUCAAGUACUUCAAAGUAGACGUGACCUCCAAGGAAGAGCUGGAAAAAUGCUACUCAGAAUUCACAAGUGGGAUCCCAAACUUGGACAUCGUAAUAAAUUGUGCGGGGAUCUACAAUGAAAGUAUUCCAAAGAAAGUGGUAGAAGUGAAUCUUUUGGGUGUUAUUCAAUCGACAAUAAUCGCCAUUGAGUACAUGAGGGCGGACAAGGGCAAAGGGAAAGGUGGUGUUAUUUUAAAUAUUGCGUCCAUCACCGGAUUGAACCCAUUCUCUAUCUCACCAACCUAUUCUGCAACGAAGUUCGGUGUUAUCAGCUACACACGCGCAGUUGCCUAUAAGCGUGAUCACUUGGGAAUCAAAUUCCUCAGCCUUUGUCCAGGAGUAACAGAUACGGAACUGUUCCACAAUUGUUUAAACAUUUCCUUCAUGUCCACUAAAGAGAGGGAAGAUAAUGUUAAAACUAAACUCGAAAUGCAAAGUUCCGAAGAUGUUGGAAAAGCAGCAGUGAAAUAUAUUUUAACAGGACAAAGUGGCAGUGUUUAUAUCAUUGAAGGUGGUGAAUUUAAGGAACAUCCUGUAAAUGAAAUGCAGAUCUGAAUCAGAAUUUUUAAAACAAGAUAAUUGAAUGUUAACGAGAUGGUAUCAUUGCAAAAUAAAAUCUUUCAAAAUUUUGAAA